AGUGGGUUAUUUCCCCAUCAAACUUGCAAAACCAUUCAUGAAUCAUUGUUUUGGACAUAAAACACAGGAAGACGAGCUUGUAAAGACAUUCUUGCAGUUUAUUCCGGACCACGAGAAAAAGAUCAUUGAGCAAGCUCUUACAGAUUUUCAGAGUGUUAGUGAGGAUGACGAAUUUUUGGAUAUGCUGGAUUCCCAUGAGGUGAAACCCUGCGUACGUGAGGACAACUUCAAAACAAUCUUGUCAGAAGUGGCUCAUAAAGAACUGAUCCAGGAUACUGCAUACAUAUCAGAUUGCUGGCGGGUUCCUCUCAAACAACGUUUGACACAACUACUACCAAAAGGGGGUCUGGAUGAGUUGUAUAACAAGCUAAAGCCCACACCCCACAAAGUGACAUCCAUCCUGCAGUUUGAGGAACAUCUCGAGCGAAAAGAGCAGAGCAUCUCUACUUUCUUGAAGAAAUACAUAAGGCAAUGCCCUGAGGAACGUCUUCUAAGGUUUCUUAGAUUUUGCACAGGUGCAGAUGUCCUGAUUGCAUCAUCUAUUAAGGUGAGGUUUGUAGAACCACUGAGUGACUUCUCAAGAACUCCUGUUGCACACACCUGCGGUUAUGUGCUUGAGUUUCCCAACAGCUAUGGCUCCUACUUAGAGUUGGCAGAAGAAUUAACCGAGCUCCUUGACUCAAAAGUAUGGGUAAUGGAUAUCGUAUAAAUCAGUAAGCAUGAGAUAAAGUAAAGUAGCCAUUGUAAUAAUAUAUGCAUUUAGGUUUUAUGCUCAACUCUAUUUUACUCCUUUUUUUUUAAAUGCGUCAGUGUCUUCCAUCGUGUUCAUAUAAGAAGUUCUCUAAACCAUAAUGUUCAAUUCGGCACAAUUCACAGUGUGUCCAUAGUUCAUGCACAGUGCAAAUUCAUUAACAGUUUAUGUUACCAUAGUUUGACCAUUAUUACCAUUGGAACAAUCAUAGGCUGUUUAGGUCAUAGGUCAAUUUAGUGUCACAGAAAUGGAUGGAAGACACAAAUACUUUUCUCAGUUGAGAAAUAAUUAUUUUUCCUAAUUUUAUUUGAAAGCUUAUGUAUCUUUUUUUUUGUGGUUGCAUGAUAUGCACUGUGUACCAAUCUAAGUUUCCGAUCCAGCAGUCUAAGCCCCUUAUUAUUUAGAAAAAUAAAAGCUUAUAACUGAUUUGCAGGGAGUGCUCUUAUUACUGUUAUCUAAAGGUAGUUCUUCAUGAAGAAUGACUGGGAAUGGAUGAAAAACAAAAAGGUUUGAUAAAAAUAACUGAUAUUUGUGUACAAAGAAGAAGAAAAAUGCUUCAUUGUAGAUAGACAGUUACGUGUUGUUUUUUAUACUCGACAAAGAAAUCGAUAGACAACUGAAAAACGGUUGACAUUUAUGCAAAGAUACAUUACAAUUUAAUGGUUGUUAAACAAAUUGAACGAGUCAUGCUUGCGUGUUCAUAACACUAAUUGUAAAGACCAACCCCCCCCCCUUACAAAUUCGGGCAUGUGAAAACAUUUAAUUGUUCUUUCUUUAUUCUAAACAGUUGAUGAUGUAUAUUUUUAAAAGUAUUGAUAACAACAAAUCAUAGGCCUAGCCUGGAAAGUAUUUUCCCAGCCAGUGACGCAAACGGUGGUUCAGCAGUUAAAGUACAUUAUACGACUUUAUUAAUGCACACAACAUAAAAUCGUCAAAACCUACAUACACAAAUUAGACAAGUAAAAUGAAAGUAUCAAACAUUUCUGAGCUGCUGUAGGGGUAGUAUAAAUCGUUUUGAAAGCAUUUUAUACAGUUUAAGUGUUAUAUAAGUGUUGCAGUUUUCUUGUAGUUUUUAAGAGUUUUAACAGUAUAUCACUUUGUGUUUCUCCCGGGACAUUUAUGAUUUGUUGGCGUAUCUAUAGUGAAAGGAACCUAUAGAAAGAACAUAUUUUUAAGUUAAUAAUUAUUUCAAGUCUGUUUUUUUCCUAGCUAGAAUUACUUUGAAAAUAUUUUCUGAUAUUUCCAACAAAAACUUGAAUUUCAUUCCAAUAUUUCAAACUCUCUAUAACUAAGAUGGUCACACCAAAUGGCGCACCCAUUGCGGGAACUUAAAGGAACACGUUGCCUUGGAUCGGGCGAGUUGGUCAAUAAAAAGCGUUUGU